AUGAUCGAUGAGAUGGUGGGUGCCUUGAAGAAAGAGGGGCUGGACGACGCCGACAAGAAGGAGUACUGCCUGUCGACGUUCGAUUCCACCGAGGACAAGAAGAAGGAGCUCGAGCAUGUCGCGGCGGACACCGAGACCGCUAUUGCCAGCGCAGAGGAGAACAUAGCAGCACUCGCGGAGGAGAUUGCAGAGACCGAGAAGAGCAUCAAGGCACUCGACGCGUCCGUGAGCGAGGCAACAGCCAUCCGAAAGGCUGAGAACGAGGACUACAAGGCGCUGGUGCAGUCCGAUUCAGCCGCGAAGGAGCUCCUGCUGUUUGCGAAGAACAGGCUGAACAAAUUUUAUCCACAGGCUGUACAACCCUCCUGCUAA